AUGAGCGUUGCGAAUGUUGGUUUGCCCCGGGAGGCUUGGAACACGCCGGGGCAGAAGCGAUCGCGCGCUCCGGAGAAGCGUAAGCUCACGGGUGACAAGGAACCCUGGAAGUCGCGCCGACCCGCACCGCGCCACGUUGUCAUUGGUGAGCCGGUCAAGGUCGUGAGCGAAAAGGAGCUUUCACAGUCUCGUGAGGCCACGCCACGCCAGGUCGUCGUUGGCGGCAAGAAGCGUACAGUGAUGGUUACUCCACACAGCCUAAAGGACUUUUCGUCGAAGCCACAUUUGGUGGAAGUCCCCCACGCGCCCGGCUCUGUGCUUGGCCGUGUGCCUCGCGAAGAGCCACGUCGUGAUUACAAAAGUGAUUUGCAGCUCGGCUCGUUUGCAACAGAGAUGAAGACUGUCUCUUCUGUCAUCCCCAUUGAGGAGUACUCUGGUGCUGCCGAUGACGAUGGUUCUUCUGUGGAUGAGGAGGAGCAGCAGUACACUGAACAUGUGCAGGAAAAUAUUGCUGCUCUUCUGCGUACUCGCCACAAGGAUCCUUCUGAAGCACCGAAAAAUGAAGUGAGCACCAGCAAGAAGACCGAUAAGGAAGAAGUAGUGCAAGAGACCGAAGGAGCCAAGCGGCCUACUGGAUUUACCGAGCGUAUUUCUACUAUUGACAUCGACUCGAAACCGCUGCCUCUUCCACCAUCUGAUGAUGCAUCCAUGCCACGCAAGCGCUCGACGAAGCGGAAAGGUGUACAGGCGGCGGGGCCAGUGGGUGUUCCUUCGUCGGACUCAGCACCUACCGUCUUUUCUUUGAACUAUUCCAAGGCUGGGUAUCAUGGAAGCGAGCACUUGUACGGUAGCUCGCACCGUGAUGCUGACGAGUCUCUUUCGCCUAAUGUUUCUUCUGCGCUUGCCGGACGUAAGACCGGAGAUACAUCUACUGCUGAAAAGAGUGCAGGGAAAGACAAGAAGAAGGCUGAAGAGAGCAAGGAUGCAGAGUCUACUAAGAAGGCCAAGGAAGCCGAGGAGGCGAAGAAGGCAGAAGAGGCGCGCAAAGCGGAAGAAGCGCGUAAGGCAGAAGAAGCGCGCAAAGCAGAAGAAGCGCGCAAAGCAGAAGAAGCGCGUAAGGCAGAAGAAGCGCGCAAAGCAGAAGAAGCGCGCAAAGCAGAAGAAGCGCGUAAAGCAGAAGAGGCGCGCAAAGCAGAAGAAGCGCGCAAAGCAGAAGAAGCGCGCAAAGCAGAAGAAGCGCGUAAAGCAGAAGAAGCACGCAAAGCAGAAGAAGCACGCAAAGCCGAAGAGGCGCGCAAGGCAGAAGAGGCCAAGAAGGCCGAGGCAGCUGCAGCUACUAAGACUGAAGACCAAAAGCGUGCCAUGUUUUCCCGCGCUCCGCCGCCAAAGGGCUACGUGAUGCCCAAAGCCGAACUGCUCAGUGAUAUUCGUGCUAGCUAUGGUCAAGGUGCAUCAAGCGUAACUGGCGGUACCAAGGCAAUCGAUGCCAAGAAGGCAGAAGAAGCCAAGAAAGCCGAUGCGAAGAAGGCAGAGGAAGCCAAGAAAGCCGAUGCGAAGAAGGCAGACGAAGCCAAGAAAGCCGAGGCGAAGAAGGCAGAAGAAGCCAAGAAAGCCGAGGCGAAGAAGGCAGAAGAAGCCAAGAAAGCCGAUGCGAAGAAGGCCGCCGAGGCCAAGAAAGCCGAGCCCAAAGCAACGGAGGCCAAGACAGACGAAGCCAAGAAGGCCGAAGAGUACAGCAAGCUGUUUCAGCGCGCGCCACCGCCACCUGGCUAUGCACCACCCAAAGCCGAGUUGCUCAGCGACAUUCGCGCCAGCACUUCUUCGCAGAACAUUGCGGCCCAAGCGAAAAGCGCACCGCGUGUCCCCCUGUCCAAGAACAAGGAUCUUCCCGAGGUCCAGUCCGAUGUGAAAUCAGUGCGCCCCAGCCCCAGCAUGAGCGCACUGCCGGCCUAUUUGGCCAAUGCCAACGCCACAAACAACAGUCUCCCCCCGUACUUGCGAGGGGAAGCCCACGUUGGACGCUCCAGCUCCGUGAACGCGUCGGCACCGCGUGCCGAGAGCAAAGCAGCUGCGCCAGUCUCUCAAGCGGCGAAGCCCGCGGAGAAGUCUGCCGGACAAAGCGCCGCAUCAACGCAAAACCAAAGCGUUGCGCCGGCAAUCCCGAACGCCAUGUUCCUCCGCAAAGACGGCAGCAUCACAAAGGCGACCUCUUCGGACGUAUGCAAGAAGGAUGCCUUGGACGAAGCGCAGCUCGGUGCAAAGCGCCAGGACUCGUUUGACACUUCUGUGAGCACUCGCGCCAUUCCGCCCGCUUCGCGUCGUGCGAGUGACUCGUCCGGCAAGAUUGGCGUGGCCAUGCCGGCUGUGACCGGUGCAGACACGUUCCCAAAGUCCACCGACGACGCGAAGCGUGCCGAGGAACAGCAGCGCGCGCCUAUUGCUGAAGCCGUCGACUACGAAGCGUCCGAAGAGAAUGGCUCUUACGAUGACGAGGAGGACUCUGCCAACGAGACUAGCAAGCCCGGCGCUUCUGCGAGCACGGCGACACCUUCAAAGAACGCAAAGAAGAACAAGAAGAAAAAGAACAAGAAGAAAAAGUGA